AUGCAAACCCUCACAACCCUAGGCCGUGGCGGCUACAACCGCAACUUUCCUCCUGUUCUUGGCCGCGGAGGCUACAACCGCGACAUCAAAACCAGCGGUAUCAGUCGACCUACCAACCCUUCGAGUCUGGGUGUAAGGUCUGCUCGUUAUGUUGCUGAUGAUGGGAGAGGUGGGUAUAACUAA